AUGGCUCCCUUCCUUGGCAACCCGACUGGUUCGAGUGACAACUCAGGGCCAAGCUCAAGGAACCGUACACCUCCCAAUGAGGUCACGACCGGGUACAAUGGCUCCGAACCCAUAGCCAUUGUAGGAAUGGCGUGUCGUUUCCCUGGCCAGUCCGAUACCCCAGCAGACUUCUGGGAGAUGCUUGUACAGCAGAGAUCAGGAUACUCAGAGCCCCCAUCCUCAAGGUUCAACAUCAACGGUUUCCAUUCGGAGAAGUCCAACACCGGCUCGCUGGGUCCCCGAGGCGGGUACUUCAUCUCCGAAGAUGUGUACAACUUUGACCCGCCAUUCUUUGGCAUCACACAGACGGAGGCCACAGUCAUGGAUCCCCAGCAGAGGAAGCUCCUCGAGUGCGUUUACGAAGCAUUCGAGGCCGGAGGCAUCCCGCUAGACAGUGUCUCUGGCAAGAACAUCGGUGCCUACGUUGGUAACUUCACCAUCGACUAUGGCAUGAUGGCUCUCAGAGACAUGGAGUACCCAAAGCCGUACAGCAUGACUGGGCACGGCAACACCAUUCUGAGUAACAGAGUCAGUUACGUAUUUAACCUUUGUGGUCCUAGUUUUACCAUUGAUACCGCUUGCUCAUCUUCGAUGUACGCCACUCACAUGGCUUGCCGGGCACUUGCAAGCGGCGAGGUCAAUGGAGCAAUCGUUGGUGGCACCAACCUCAUCCUCGACGCCGCCGUCCAAAUGGCAGUUGACAAGAUGGGUGUUCUUUCGCACACCUCAACAUGUCAUACCUUUGACGCCUCCGCCGAUGGUUACGGCCGAGCCGAGGGCAUCGGAGCGUUGUACCUGAAGAGGCUCUCCGAUGCCAUCCGCGACGGCGACCCGAUCCGGGGAGUCAUCAGAGGUACUGCCGCCAAUGCAAACGGAAAGACUAGCGGUAUCACGCAACCCAGCGCUGUUGGGCAAGAAGCGGUCAUCCGUACAGCUUAUGCCUUCGCGGGCGAUCUCAACCCCGAUGAGACGUCUUACUUCGAGUGCCACGGUACAGGCACACCCGUCGGCGAUCCAAUUGAAUUACGUGGCAUCACCAACAUGUUUUUGAAGGAUAGUAAGAGGGACUCGCUGUUGAUCGGGGCCGUGAAGACGAAUGUUGGUCACGCGGAAGCUGCCAGUGCCAUGGCGAGUAUCAUGAAGGUCGUGCUCGCUAUGGAGCUUGGAACGAUCCCCGCCAGCAUUGGCGUGAAGAACUACAAUCCCAAGAUCGAUUUCUCAAAUGGCCGUCUGCAGGUGGUGAAAGACACUCUGGAAUGGCCAACCGGAUACGGUGUUCGACGUGCGUCGGUCAACUCAUUCGGCUAUGGCGGCGCCAACGCCCAUGCUAUCAUCGAAUCAUCAGAGUCGUAUCUUCCCGGCUACAGAUCGUUCAAGAAGCGUGGCACCGCAAGCAAUUCAAUCACCCAAGCUGCCCCUCAAGCCCCGACUGGCGGCCGCAACAGCCGCGCCCUCAACGUCCACGAACGCACUCAAUUCCUCCUCCCCUUCUCAGCCCAAGACUUCCCAAGUCUCAAGGCCAACGUGGAAAGACACCGGGAGGUCGCGUCACAAUACGAGCUGCUCGACUUGGCCUUCACGCUGGGGACACGACGCUCGUUCUUCUUCAACCGCGGUUACGCCAUCGCUUCGGCCGACACUGUAGCGGAGAACCUGGACCCGGACGAGAUGACCUUCGGAAAGCGCGGAAGCGGCGCAAGGAUUGCCUUCAUCUUCACGGGCCAGGGCGCGCAGACAGCACAGAUGGGCAAGGAGCUCAUGGAGUCCAUCCCGAGCUACCUCAAGAGCAUUCGAGACAUGGACAACACCCUCCAGAGCCUCGGAGAGGACGCGCCGACUUGGACCAUCGAGGAGGCUCUCCUCGAACCUAAGGCGACCAGCUCUAUCGACCAGGUCCACCUGUCCCAGCCGAUCUGCACCGCUGUCCAGGUCGCACUGGUCAAGCUCCUCCGGGAAUGGGGCGUCACGCCGUUGGCUUGUGUCGGUCACUCCUCCGGCGAGAUCGCCGCCGCUUACGCCGCUGGCACCAUCACGGACACGCAGGCUAUCCUCGCUGCUUACUUUCGCGGUGUCGCGGUGGACCAGCUGACUCAGCGGGGCACCAUGCUGGCUGUCGGUCUUGGGCCAGAAGAGGCCCAGCCGUACCUGGAAGAGGGCAUCCGCAUCGCUUGCUACAACUCCCCGCAGAGUGUGACUCUCAGUGGCGAUGAAGACGCUGCCGCAAACGUCAAGGCCAAGCUCGAAGCCGACGGCGUCUUCGUCCGUGCCCUGAAGACCAGCGGCCGAGCCUACCACUCUCACCACAUGAAAGACGUCGGAGCCAUCUACGAGGAGCGCGCCAACCACGGAUUCGCCUUCCACGACGCCUUGGAGUUCCCCAAGCAGGACAAGUAUGCCGAGCUUCCUCUCUUCGUAUCCUCGGUCACCGGCGAGCUCAAGCUCAACUUCCAGCCCGGGCCGGGGUACUGGAGGGAGAACCUCGAGUCGCCCGUCCGGUUUACGCAGGCUCUGACUCGCGUGACCGAGAUCGAGGGCCUGGGUAUCAAUCACAUCGUGGAGAUCGGUCCCCAUUCCGCCUUGGCCGGUCCUGUACGACAGCUUCGCGACAAGCUUGGGAUGAGCUCCCGGGACCUCGAGUACACAGCCACGCUGUCUCGCGGCGAGAACUCGGUCACCCGUCUGCUCGAUCUUGCCGGAGCGCUGUUCAUCAAGGGCUACCCCAUUGACCUAGCCCGUGUCAACUCGAUUGAGGAUCAAGAUAGGCAGGGAACCAUCACCCUGCGAAAGGGUGUGCCGUUGGUCGACCUCCCGCGGUACUCAUGGAACUACAGCGCUGGUCCGCUGCGCGCCAAGCACCGUAUCAACAUGGACUUCCAGAACCGCAAGUUCUCCCGACACGACCUUCUGGGCAGCCUGCUCCCGGGUGUCAUUCGGGACCAAGCGCAAUGGCGUAACAUGCUCGACAUCCACGACCUGCCCUGGCUAGAGCAGCACAGGCUUGGUCCGCAACCCGUGCUGCCCGCAACUGGCUACAUCGGGAUUGCAGUGGAAGCUGCACGGCAGUUCUUCCACGACAAAGUCCAGUUCGAGGGUCCUUUCAAGUACUUCAUCCCACGACUUUCCAUCAAGUCGGCCCUGACUCUCCCCCCAUCUGGCACCGCAAUCGAGGUCAUGACCAGCGUGCGUUUCCAGACCGUCUCAAACGCCGUGUCCUCUACCAACUGGCUCGAGUUCACCAUCCAAUCCGUUCUGGAGGGGAUUUGGACCGACCACUGUGUCGGUGUCAUUGGACGCCAAGCUAUUGAUGAAAUCGUCCCCCUCUUCGACGAAACCAGGCCAAGUGAGCCGCGAACUUCUCACACUUGGUAUAGAGGAUUCGCCAACAUAGGGCUCAACUAUGGUCCUCCCUUCAAUGGAUUGAGCAACAUCCGAACCGAUCCAUGGACGAACGAGUGUGUCACCGACACCAAGUUGCUUCCUACCGACGUGCCCACCGACGACUCUCGCUACAUCGUUCACCCCGGAGCCAUGGACACAUGCCUACAGGCUAUUCUGAUCGGCGCGCACAAUGGAUCCCUGAAAGGGGCAAACCGAUCUUUCAUCCCCGUCGACUGGGAGGAAGUCUCGAUCUACUCGUAUGAAGGCACAGACAUGCCGGCUCCGGCCGAUGUCAACGGGCAGAUUCUUGCCACUGGCGAGUUCACCAGCUUGCGAGCUCUCUGGGGUUCCUUCCAGCUCAGCGGGCCCGACGGGCGACCGCUGUUUACUGCCAAGAAGGUCAACUCGAUCACCUACGCUGAGGACCUCAACAAGAAUGUCACUGAUGAUCGCCACCCCUACCUCCGUGUCGUCUGGAAGCCCGAUGUCGAGACUCUCGAGACGGGCGUCUUGCCCACCGCAGCAACCGACAUUGGACGCCCGCUUUCCCUGACGGAGAAGUCUGUCCUAGCUACCUGGGCUCGCAACCUCGCAACUGCAGCUCAGGUCUCAAAUGACAACGAUCCCUCCGUCGCUCGUUUGAUCGAAGUCAUCUCGGCCUUGAACUUCCCAACCGACGCGUACGAUGUUGACCACGCCGCAUCCGACCUAGGCACCUCAAAGCUGGGUGAUAGCUUCUACCGUCUCGAGGCCAUCUACGCUGCCAUGAUGGUCACCCUGUCGGGUGAGCAGGCUACUGCAUCCAGCGUCGCAACACCGCCGGAGGACUCGUUGACUCAGACACUCGACCUGAUCGGACACAAGUACCCCGGCAUGAAUAUCCUGCAGAUCGUCAACUCCGAGGCCGAUCUUGCUCGCAAGCUUCCCGCGGUCUUGCAGGGAGACUCCUCGCUCAAGAGGUACAGCUCAUUCACUUACCUGGCGGCCUCUGAUGCUCUCGUAGAGGCUGCCGCUGAAGUCUACCCGGACGGGCGUGACGUGACCGCAGAGAAGGUGACUCUCUUCGAAGAUGGGGAAUACCGGGCAUUGGAGGGCGUCACUUACAACCUUAUUAUCUUGCCCGAUAUUGAGUCCUUUGGUCUUCCAGCUGCCGACGUCUUGAAGGCGGUCCAGCCUCUACUGAAUGAGACUGGACGUAUUCUAGUCCAUGGUGGUAACCAGACGGGCGCUGCUUUCAAUGAGCACUUCUGGGCCGUUCUUGAUCUAUUUUCCAGGGAGCUUGGUACUGGCGCUGGUUCAGCCAAUACGUCAAUGCCAUCAUGGAAGAGUGCUUUGGAUGCUUGGGAGCUCCAAGCCCGAGUCGUUGACCAGGCCGCAUCCGGAUGGACGUUGCUGUCAGAGCCGACGUUAAACCCCCAGCCCACCAAAGAUAUCGUUGUGAUAUCAAGGGCCAACAGCGUGGGCGUUUCAGACUUCUCUGGCGAGCUCGCAAAGGGCGGCUACAAGGUCCAUUCCGCUUCAUUAUCCGACGAGAGCUUCGCUCCGCACCCCGAUGCCCUCUACGUCUCGAUUGUAGAGCUGGGGUCCAGCCUAUUCAACGGCAAUCUCACCGCAACCGAGUUCGCGAACUUGCAAUGCCUGGCCGACUCGACGCAGGCAAUCUUCUGGCUCACCUCGGGUGACUUGCUCGGAAAGGUGGAUCCCAACGCAGCCAUCGUCCAGGGACUGGGUCGGACCCUCCAGACCGAGUACAUCCAGCUCACAUUCGUCGCCAUCGAUCUCGACCACUCCGACGCCCAAAAGGCCGCCCAGCAGACACGGCGGGUUCUCGAUCGGUUCUCAAAGGAGUCUGAAAUCGUCGACAAGGAGUACAUCGUAAAGGACGACGUGUUCCACAUCAGCAGACUGUCCCAAGAUGCCGUUCUGGACAAGGAAUACGGCGAGAUCAUCGGCAAGGAGGCGGCGGACGAGGAGUACGAUGCUACCACGCCCAUUCGCCUUGACAUCGACAAGAUUGGCCUCCUGGAUACCCUGCACUUCAAGGCAGACGAGCGCGAGCGCAUACUUGAAUCGGACGAGGCCGAAGUUGAGGUGAAGGCAGUCGGACUCAACAUGAAGGAAUACGCAACCUUCCGCGGCAGCUUCCACUCCGAGUCCCUGUCCCACGAAGGCGCCGGUAUAGUUCACCGCGUCGGUUCUGGCGUGACUGAUAUCAAGGUCGGCGACAAGGUCUGCUGGAUGGGCAAGGGCCUAUUCGGUAACAUCGAGCACUUUAAGGCCAUUCACCUGCACCAGAUGCGAGACGACGACGGCCUGAGCUUCGAGGAGAUGGCCGGAAUGCCCCUGGUCUUCGCGACAGCCGUCUACGGCCUGCUCUACCUCGGCCGCCUGAAGAAGGGCGAGAAGGUGCUGAUCCACUCGGCCACCGGCGGAGUCGGUCUCGCAGCCGUCCAGAUCGCCAAGAUGGUCGGCGCCGAGAUCUUCGCUACCGUAGGCACACCAGCCAAGCGGGAGUUCCUGAAGCGCGAGUACGGUCUCGAGGACUCCCACAUCUUCAACUCGCGCGACACGUCGUUCGCGGCGGGCAUCAUGGCUGCUACGAACGGCCGCGGUGUCGAUGUCGCCCUCAACUCCCUGGUCCGUGAGCUACUUGCGGCGUCGUGGAGCGUCAUGGCCAACAACGGGCGACAUAUCGAGAUUGGUCGCACUGAUAUCAUGGAGUUCGGUAUUCUCGAUCUGAAUGUCUUCAAGCGGAACACGACCUUCAGUGCCUUUGACUUUGGUGUCGUUGCUGAUGACCACCCAGAAAUCGUUGCAAGUGUCAUGAAGGACGUGAUGAAGUACCUUCGCGAGGGCAAGAUCCGCCCUUUACAGCCGAUGGCACUCUUCCCGGCGACCCAGGUUUCAGCCGCCUUCGCCGAGUUUGCCAACCCGCAGAGAAUCGGCAAGGUCGUCGUGUCGUUCGCUCCCGAGUCCAGCACCUCCUCCUCGUCCAUCGCCGUGCGACGGGAGCACAAGGACGCCGUCAAGUUCAAGCCCGAUGGAACAUACGUGCUCAUCGGCUGCCUGGGCGGCCUCGGUCGAUGUCUCGCCCGCUUCAUGGUUGACAGAGGCGCGAGGAAUCUCACUUUCCUCGGUCGCGGUGGCGCGGACAAGAAGGAGGCCGCGGCCAUGGUCGACAGCCUGCGCGCGCGUGGGUGCGCAGUCCACGUAGUGCGCGGUGACGUCUCGAACAAGGAAGACGUCGCCAGAGCUGUCGCGGCUGCCGGUGUUCCGGUCUACGGAAUGGUGCAAGGUGCCAUGGCUCUCGAGGACAAACUCUUCAGUAAGCUCGACCUCCCAGGGUGGCAAUACCCCAUCGACCCCAAGGUCCGAGGCACGUGGAACCUGCACGAGUGCCUCGCCGGCCAGCCGCUCGACUUCUUCGUCAUGCUCAGCUCCAUAUCCGCCAUGACGGGCGCGCCAACGCAGAGCAACUACUGCGCCGGCAACACCUUCCUGGAUUUCUUCGCCCGCUACCGCGACGGUCUCGGCCUGCCCGCCACGACGGUGGGCCUGAGCAUGGUCCUCGAGGUCGGCUUCGUGUCGCAGAACCUGGCUAUCGAGCAGGGCAUCUCCCGCUCCGGCAUCCACGGCAUCCCGGAGCGCGACUUCCUGCUGCUCAUGGAGCAGGCCAUGAAGCCCGGGCGCGUGGGCGACUGGCGCCUCGACCCCGGCGCGAAGAACUUCCUGGUCAGCGGUCUCGAACCGUCCAGACUCGCCGCGGACCUCGACGUCCACGGCUUCCGGUUCUGGCUCGAGCCUCGCGUUGGGCCGCUGUUGACGGCCAUCAAGCGCAAGAGCGAAGGGUCGGGCCGUAGCGGUGCGGGCGGUGCCAAGGCGGUUCUGGACCUUGACGAUAUCGUGGAGGCGACAGUGGACAAGUUUGCCAAGACGUUCAUGAUCCCCAGCGACGACGUCGACCCGUCGAAGCCGCUGGUGGCGUACGGGAUGGACAGCAUGAUUGGCACGGCGUUGCGCAAUUGGGGUUUCUCGACUUUCGGCGUCGAUGUUCCGGUGUCUGAUUUCAUGGGUCCCGUUCUCACUGCUCAAUCCCUGGCGGAGAAGAUCUUUGCUGGUCGCUCUUGA